AUGGUCAAAGUGAAUAAAUCAAAACAAAGUUCCGGAAAAUCACAUCAUAGUUUGAAUCCUGAUCGGCCACGAAAUGCCAAUGAAAGUCAUCUACGUGAUCGUUCGACGAUUCGUCGUCUGUUGAUGUAUAAAAAUUCCCAUCCCAUACGUAAUCCGGAUGGUAAAAUCAUCAAAGCGGCACCAUUUCAAGGAAAAUUAUCCAGUGGAACGGUGGCCCGUGUAGCACCUAAUCAAAAAUGGUUUGGAAACACCAGAACAAUUGCACAGAAUUCAUUGCAAAAAUUUCAAGAUGAAAUGCAAAAAACAAUUCAAGAUCCAUAUAAAGUGGUGAUGAAACAGACAAAAUUACCGAUUACAUUGCUCAAUGAACGUGCUAAAUUUCAACGAGUUCAUAUAUUGGAUACGGAAAGUUUUCGAGAUACAUUUGGAAAGAAAUCUAAACGUAAACGGCCACGAUUUAAAUUUGAAGAUCUACAAACGUAUGCAUCGUCGGUGGAAACACGUAAUGAAAACUAUGAUGAUAGUAAAGAUUCGAAUCUAAUUGUUGAACAAGAUUUUCGUGAAGAAACGCCACAUGCUGUUAUGAAAAAAGGACAAUCAAAACGAAUUUGGAAUGAACUUUAUAAAGUGAUCGAUUCAAGUGAUGUUGUCGUACAAGUAUUGGAUGUACGUGAUCCAAUGGGCACACGUUCCAAACAUAUUGAAACAUAUUUACGUAAAGAAAAACCACAUAAACAUCUUGUAUUUUUAUUGAACAAAUGUGAUCUAGUACCCACAUGGGUAACACAACGAUGGAUUGCCACACUGUCCAGUGAAUAUCCUACGAUGGCAUUCAAAGCAUCGAUGAAAACACCAUUCGGUAAAGGUGCCUUAAUUAAUCUACUAAGAGAAUUUUCACAGCUUCAUACGGAUAAAAAACAGAUUAGUGUCGGUUUUAUUGGCUAUCCAAAUGUAGGAAAAUCAUCCGUAAUCAAUACGUUACGUGCAAAAAAAGUAUGUAAUGUAGCACCGAUUGCAGGCGAAACUAAAGUCUGGCAAUAUAUAACAUUGAUGAAGAAAAUCUAUCUAAUCGAUUGUCCGGGUGUUGUUUAUCCAUCCGGUGAUACAGAUACGGAUAUCGUAUUAAGAGGUGUUGUACGUGUGGAAAAUAUUGCCGAUCCUGAAGAUCAUAUACCAACCGUUUUGGAACGCGUUCGUAAAGAAUAUCUACGAAAAGCAUAUAAAAUCAUUGAAUGGGAUGAUCAUAUUGAUUUUCUAACAAAAUUAGCACAAGCAACAGGAAAAUUAUUGAAAGGUGGUGAACCAGAUAUUAAUACUGUCUCCAAAAUGGUACUAAACGAUUGGCAACGUGGUAAAUUGCCUUAUUUUGUUUGGCCACCAGAAUCGGAAGAAAGACAACAGCGGCAGCAACAACGAAAUUUGAAAAAAUCUCAAUCAAAAUCUAAAAAUCCUGAAGUUCGACAAGAUCUUCGUAAAGUUGAUGUUGAUCUUGAAUUCGAAGGCGAUGAUAUUCGAUCAAUCGAUGUGAAUGAUUCGAUGGAUAAUCUUUACAAUUCGGAUGAUGACUAUAAUGAUGAUGAUGAGACUAAAAAUGAUGACAAAAUGAAAAAUAAUGAUAAUCAAGAUGAUGAAAAUGAUGAUAAUCAAGAUGAUGAAAAUGAUGAUAAUCAAGAUGAUGAAAAUGACAGCGAUGAAGAGGAAAAAGUAGAAAUUGCCGAAAAUUUCAAACGAAAAAAAUCAACAACAAAACCAUCACUACCACCAGUACAGAAGCCAGUGAAAAAAAUGACAUCCAAAUUGAAAAGACGUUUAGAACGUGAUGAAAAAUCGAAAAAAACUGGCAGUAAUUUCUAUGAAGAAUUACGGAAAAAGACGAAAAAAUUACACACAAAUCGUUUUCAUGUGACAUGAUGAUGAUUUUAAUUUUCAUUUUUUAUUAUUACGGCCCAAUUUUUCUUUUCUUUUUUUCACAUGUUUCGGUAUCUUAUUAUUCUGGCGUUUUUCACGUUUCUCUUGUUUGAUUACUUGUUUACGUUGCUGCCAGAAACAGUAACCAGAGUUGAAAAUUGAAAAAAAUAAAUUAAUUUAAUUAAAUUAAAAUAAAUAAAUUUA